AUGAGGCUCCUCCCCUUCUCGGCUUCGAGCCUCAUCCUCGCCGCAGCCGUUAUUGCCGCCGCCGCCGCCUCCGAUCCCCCAAGUAAGAGCCAAAGCUUGGACAACUGUGUAGCAAAAGUCUUCGGCAAAGAUGUCAACGCAAGGGUUGUGUCUCCCAAUAACAAAACCUACACGGACGCCCGUAUGGGCGAGUCGAUCCAGUAUGAUCAGCUGCCCUUGCUCAUCGCCUACGCCAGCGACGCCGGCCAGGUCGCGCCUCUCAUCAGCUUCAUGGCCUACUCGGCCCUGACGGACACGCUCGUCAUCGACGUCACGCACAUUGACGGCGUACACGUGUCCACCGACAAGAAGACGGCGCGCGUCGGUGCCGGCAUCCGCCUGGGUGCGCUGUACACGGCACUGAGCCGGCACGGCCGCGACUGGCCCGGCGGCAUCUGCCCAACCGUUGGCCUGUCCGGCUUCCUCGGCGCCGGCGGCUUCAACAUGCAGAUGCGCCAGCUCGGCCUAGGCGCCGACCACGUCCUCGCCGCCCGCGUCGUCCUCGCCGACGGCCGCUCCGUCGUCGACGCCUCCCCCGUCCAUCACCCGGACCUCUUCUGGGCUGUCCGCGGCGGCGGCGGAGGCUCCUACGGCGUCGUCGUCGAGUGGACCCUCGCCCUGUCGCGCUUCCCACGCUCGUCCAUGGUGCAGAUCAAGUGGGACGAGCCCGGUUCUCGCGUUGACUUGGCCGUCCGCUUCUUCGACUGGGCGCCCCGGACGGACCCCAGGUUCAUGAGCUCCAUCAACGUGUACAAGAACCGCACCGAGGUGCUGGGCUGGUGUCUGGGCUGCCGCCUCGACCACGCCAGGGCCCUCGUCAACCAAUCCGGCCUGCUCGCCAUCGGCACGCCCGAGGUACACAUUGCAGGGGGCUGCAACACCGACAACGCCCGCAUGUUCGGCUACUUUACCAGCGAAUGCUUCCGAGACGACGCCGAAAUCGCCAAGCGCGUGCCCCUCGGCAUGAACGUGGUCCAGCAGCCCUUUGCGCCCCUCGACGGCCACGCGCCCUUUACCUGGAACCAGACGCGCCAGAACCCGGGCGCGCCCCGGGCCCUGCCCUGGUCCCGCUUCCGCCGCAUCAGCAAGUCCUUCUUCGUCCAAAAGGACCGCCCGCUGACCCUCCAGACCAUCCGCGGCCUUGUCGACCGGCUGACGGAGCUGCCAGACGAGGCUUCCGGCUGGGGCGAGUGGCACGCGUGGAACAUCACCGGCCCCCGAGAUCAGGCGGCUUUCGCCUGGAGGGACAAGGCAUAUGCCCAUCUCGAGUUCAUCCUUACCGGCUCUGAGGACAUGGCCAAGCAGGCGAGAUACCGCCAGUGGGUGGACAAGCUCGAGCACUUCCUUCGACCGCGGGUUGGGCCUGCCUCGUACCCGGGCUACAUGGACUCCGGCAUAUCGACCGACCCUCUGUCAUCGUAUUACGGAUACAAUGUGCGUAGGCUGUCGAGCAUAAAGCGCAAGUAUGACCCCUCCAACUUCUUCGAUAACCCUCUGGGCAUCCGAUGA